CUGAUGUAGCCGUGUUUACACGAGCACGCACGCGGCGGGCAAAUAUGAAAGCAAUGCCGCAAUCAUCAGCAGGGCAAAGACUCCUAUAUACAAGUUAACGCGAUUAACGCCAAUUUUUGACUACCAUUAAGAUAAUUAAUUUGCGGCGAAUAGAGGAUCGAGUCCGUAAUCGGCGAUUCCGUGUGUCAUGUUGAACUAGAGUGGCAUCAUCGAAAUGUCUUGGUGUGUGAUGCUUUUGCUGUGUGCGUGCGUGCUCUGCUGUCACGCGACACCAGUGAAACCAGACGAUGAGUCUCAGCAGACGACGAGCCAGGAGCGAUUAACUUAUAUCGGACACAAGGUAGUGCGCAUGACGCCGACAAAUUAUGACCAGGUGGAAUUCCUUAGAAGCCUUAUGGAUCAGGCUUUACCUCUGGAUUUCUGGAUUUAUCCGGGGAAUCCAGGACGACCGGUCGACAUUCGGAUUCCUCCGACAGUUUACGAUAGCGUAAUCAGUGUACUUAAACAGCACGGACUAAAUCCAUUGGUUCUCAUCGAUGACGUCCAGAAACUCGUGGAUGAGGAACGUUUAGAGAACCUUGCGACGAAGGCAGAGAGCCGGCAUCGGUUUAUUCGUAGCGCCGCCGGUAACGAGGUCGACGGACGUGUCGAGGCGGAAAUACUGACUCCGUACAACCCCGUCUACUCGCUGAAUCCUUCACCGAACGACAGCCAACAAUUCAUGCUUAACCAUUACCACACGAAUGACGAGAUCAACGGAAUGGUGUUGGAGCUGGCGGCUAGCAGUCCAUUUGUGACAGCAUCCUCCAUCGGGACCUCGUACGAGGGGAGGCCGUUGACAAUAGUAAAGAUAACCACUCCAAGCAAUGACCGUAGUUUAGUGAAGCCGGCAAUAUUCCUUGAAGCAGGGAUGCAUGCCAGAGAGUGGAUAGGUCCUGCCGUCAUUAUCUACUUUAUCGCUGCCCUGGUGAAUAACUACAACGUGGAUCCGAACGUUAGAGCGAUAGUUGAUCACUUCGAUUGGUACCUGAUGCCUGUAUCAAAUCCUGACGGAUACGUUUACACUUUCCAGUGGGAUCGGAUGUGGAGAAAGACUCGUUCGCGAACGGAGGAGCAGGAUGUGAGUUCCCGGCGCGCCUGUGCGGGAGUCGAUCCGAACCGUAACUGGGACACGCACUGGGGCGAAAGAGGAGCGAGUCACAAGCCCUGUUCUAUCAUCUACGCCGGUCAGGAAGCUUUCUCGGAGCCUGAGGUAGCAGCCAUGGCCAGGUUUCUCAUGGGUCGCAAAAGUCGAAUCAAGCUAGCGAUAGACUUUCACAGCAACGGACAAAUGUGGCUAACCCCGUAUGGAUACACGAGACGUUACCCGAUGGACUUUGAGGCACAAUACAUGCUGGCCGUGGAUGCGACCGAUGAGCUGUGGAAAGUGAAUAAUACGAUUUACAUCGUCGGCUCCGUCGCCAACAGCAUCUAUCGAGCCAGCGGGGACAGCAUCGACUGGUGGUACGAUGUCGCCGGUAUCAAGUACUCGUACGGAGUCGAACUUCCCGGGAAGGGCUAUCACGACUUCAUCCUGCCACCUUCGCGCAUUGUGCCCGUGGGGGUCGAGACGUUUGAAGCUAUCAAGUACAUGGCGCUAGAGGUCAUGAGGGAGGCGGUCGAAAGAGAGUAGCGGCCUGCUCCGUGUAUGCACCCUACACAGCGUCCUCCGUUAACCACCUUCUUAGUCGUAGGUACGUACGGUGAGCAUGCGUGUACGUAUGCCCACAUGUUCCCACAGCGCGAAGACGGUUUGUUCCACUCGAUUCCUUCCACACUGUGCGACCGACACCAGGGUUCGGCGAACCUAUGUAAGUAGUCAUAUUAAGUGAAUGAAAUGGCAUUUGUUUGCAAAUAAAUUCACGUUAUAUCCGGCCAUUUAUGAAAACGAGUCGGUGAGAUGCACGUGAAAAACUUACUAAAUUAUUAUUCUAUUCUAAUGGCAGCGCGUAAUAAUGUAUUGUGUGGCUAAAUAAACGAUAUGCGAUGGUGGUUACGGUCAUGUGUCGAUUGUAGGUGCUUACGACAGAAGGAUCAAGAGAUUUGUUGUAUAUACGGAAUUUAAGAUUAGAUGGGUUGUCUUUUAAGCAGCAAUGUAUUUGAUGGGACAACUAUUGCAUUUUUUGUGUGAGAUAAAAAGGAGCGCGCGCUCAAACGGUGAAGGUGGCCGAGUCGAGUGUGGGCGAACAGAACGUAUAUAUUACAUUCUUCAUGCUGAUGCGAAUGAAUAGUCUGUAUUAUAAUUACUUGUAUAUUCUUAUAAGAUAAAAAUUGCGAACAUCUCGAUUUAUUUAAGUUGUUUUUAAAUUGAACAGCUACUGCAUGGUUAUAAGUGAUGUGGCUCUCACUCAGCGAUUGUUAAAUAAUUGUGCUUUAGACGUUCACGCAGCUUUGUCCAUGUUAGUUUGAAUAAAGUUAUACGUGCAUAACACA